UUAUGUAGAAGUGUAGAACCAUCGCAGCUCAUUAAUCAUAAAAAAUGAUGUGGUUGAUUAAUUUGACAAUAGUACUGGUUUAGUGCAGGUCCAUUGGGGGCAAAUUGCCCUCUAGAAUGGGACAUCAGAAUGAAGAUUGCGCUUGAUGCUGCAAGAGGACUUGCUUAUCUGCAUGAGGACUCCCAACCUUGUGUUAUCCACAGGGAUUUCAAAGCAUCCAAUAUUUUGCUCGAGAAUAAUUUUCAUGCUAAAGUUGCUGAUUUUGGCCUUGCAAAACAAGCCCCCGAAGGCCGAGCAAAUUAUCUGUCUACCCGUGUUAUGGGCACAUUUGGGUAUGUAGCCCCUGAAUAUGCUAUGACAGGGCACCUACUGGUAAAAAGUGAUGUCUAUAGUUAUGGAGUUGUCCUCCUCGAGUUGCUGACUGGAAGGAAGCCUGUGGAUAUGUCACAACCAUCAGGACAGGAGAAUCUUGUUACUUGGGCCCGGCCAAUACUAAGAGACAAGGAUAGACUGGAAGAACUUGUUGAUCCACGGCUUGAGGGGAAGUACCCAAAGGAAGAUUUUGUGAGGGUUUGCACAAUUGCUGCAGCUUGCGUUGCUCCAGAGGCGAAUCAACGGCCCACAAUGGGGGAGGUUGUGCAAUCGCUAAAGAUGGUGCAACGCCUAACUGAGUAUCAUCAUGAUUCUGCUGCAAACACUGCCAACCCUAGGCCCAACAUUAGGCCAUCUUCCACAGCUUUUGAAUCAGAUGGCACAUCCUCAAUGUUCUCUUCUGGUCCAUACUCUGGUUUGAGUGCCUUUGAAAUGGAUAUAUCUCAUACAGAGGUAUUUUCUGAAGACCUGCAUGAAGGAAGAUAAGAUGACUGACCAUUCUUGUGAUACCUGAACAAUUGGUUUUUUUUUUGUUUUGCGCCGAUGGAUUGUGGGUGGUUGGUUUAUUAUUGGAUCAGGUCAUCCCUGGUAGAGAACCAUUUUUCAGUCAAUUCAACUGUUGGUUUAGAGCUGUAUAUAUGUUUAUUUUGAUGCCCCUUCCCUUUCCCUCUUCACAUUGGAAAAUGUAAUGUUGAUCCUGCUUAGGUUUUGCCCUUUUUAGGCUUUUGGGUGUACCAUAGUGUGCAAGUUAAUGCAGCCUCUAUAGUUGUAUUCCUUACCUGUUUCUCACCAAGUAUUGUCUAUGCAUAAUUUUUGUUUGGUACAAUUAUAUAUAGUACUCACACAUAAUUAAAUUGUCCUUAAUGAU